AUGGGCGUCCCGAACCGUGGACCAGAGCUGCAGGCUGUCUGCUACGUACUGGUGGUGGCAGCAUUCGUGACCACUGUCCUCCGUUGCUACACGCGCGUGUUCCUGGUCAAGAGCUUCGGCUUCGAUGACUGGUGCAUGGUCUUUGCUCUGGUCACAUUUGUUCUCUUCGUCACCUGUGCUCUCAACGGCGUCGAACAUGGCACCGGCCGGCAUCGCGCUGAUUUAACAGCUGAAGACUUCCAAACCGCAAUGAAGUAUUGGUGGUUCUGCUACCUCUGGUACUGCCUCACCAUGAUCGCCUCCAAGAUCUCCAUCGGCUACUUCCUGCUCCGCAUCACCAUCCGCCGCACCGACGUGUGGAUCAUCUACGGCGUCAUGGUCAUCACCGUACUCACCGGCAUCGUCUUCUUCUUCGCCACCAUGUUCCAGUGCACGCCCAUCUCCUACUUCUGGAACAGGGACCAGAGCGGCUCCUGUCUCAGCAUGGACGUCAUCAUCGCCCUCACCUACCUGUACAGCGCGUGCAGCGUCAUCUGUGACUUUACCUUUGCCAUCCUGCCCAUGGUCAUCAUCUGGACGUUGAACAUCAACAGGCGCAGCAAGAUGGCCCUGGUGCCCAUCAUGACCAUGGCCUGCGUUGCGAGUGCCGCCGUGGUCGUGCGCUUUCCAUACGUCAUGAAGUUUAAGGAUCCCGACUUUCUCUGGGCCACCGUCGACAUCGCCAUCUGGUCCUGCACCGAGCAGGGUCUCGCCAUCACAGCCGGCAGCCUCGCCACCCUCCGCCCUCUCGUCCGAAACGUAGGCUACUGCUUCGGCCUCUCGACACCCGGCCCGACCGAACUCCGCGACUCGAGCGGUCGUCUACAGGAGGGCACCAUUGGCGGCCACACGUCCCGCAAGAGCAAGGGGGUGCGGGAAGAUCCGUUCAGCCUGACGGCCAUCGACAGAGAAGACAGCAACAAUAACAACAACUCGUCCGACGAGAACAGCGCACGGGGCGUGUUGGACAGCCAUCACCAGGAUGGACGCGUCGCCCCCUGGGAGGCGCAGGGACGAUCGCACCACGGCAGCGAGGAGGAACUCGCACACGCGGACUGGAGGCACAAGAAUAUCGUGCAGGUGCAGAGUGUCACCGUCUCGUCCAAUCGUUCCCCGUAA